GUGGGGGGAUAGGGGCUGGCCUGGAGUCAACAUUACAAAAAGUGAGAUAGUUAGACGGAGGGAGAGGACGUCGGGACGAUCAGCUCUGCAGGAAGGCUCCCAUCAUCAGCGAUAGAUCCCGUAUUACUAGCUGGAGAGAGGAUCUUGUGUCCAGAUGAGAGAGUGGACGGAGUUGGAGAUGAGCUUUUCGGCAGGGGGGUUUCUCUCCGCCUCGGAUGGUUACUGCUCCACAGAGCAGCUCCAGUAUUACGACAUGCUGCCUGACCCGUUGGGCUACACCGUGCAGGACCCAGACCUCCAGCUGCUCCCUUACAGCCAACAACAAUACAACCCCGCCAACCUGCCUUUCUCCCUCUAUGGCUCUCCACCCUCCUCCACAUCCUCUCCCUCCUCCUCCUCUUCCUCCUCGCAGCCCUGCCAUCCUUCGUACCACUACAGCCCUCAUUACCCAGAAGCCUCCUGUGACCCCGGCCCGGAGACCCACUGCGGGGGCCUGGCUCAGGGGCUCAGAGCCAUAGGACUGCCUCUGGGACGAAGGACACGGGUGGGAUCCGGGGGGAAGAGCAGAGGUCAGGACGAGCUGUGUGUGGUGUGUGGAGACAAAGCAUCAGGGUAUCACUACAACGCUCUUACCUGUGAGGGAUGCAAAGGUUUCUUUAGGCGGAGUGUGACUAAAAAGGCAGUGUAUCACUGUAAGAGUGGCGGUGGCUGUGAGAUGGACAUGUACAUGAGGAGGAAGUGCCAAGACUGUCGGCUGAGGAAGUGCCGAGCUGUGGGAAUGCUGGCUGAGUGCCUACUGACAGAGGUGCAGUGUCAGUCCAAACGGCUGAGGAAAGGAGGUAAAAGCAGAGGACAGGAGGAAGAGGAGAACACAGACAGCAGGAGGGUCAGCUCCACCAGCAGGCUACCUGGACAGACUUUGCCUACCUGUUUAACCCGAGAGCAGAAGUACAUUGUGGACAGGAUGGUGGAGGCUCAUCGACUGUACAGAGCACAGGACAGCAGCCCAUGCAGGUUGUUUGAGUGGCCAUGUACAGAAGAAGGGGAAGGCUUGCUUGAUGUGCUAUCACCCCACCUGCAGCGACUGCUACAGUUUGCCAGGACAGUGCCAGGUUUUGACCUCCUAGAUUUUUCCGACCAGAGUUCUCUCUUGUCCGUCUCUUCACUGGAGGUCAUGUUCCUGCUCUCGGCUCAGCAGUUCUCCAACAAUCCAGCAAGCCCCAGUCCAGCCCUACAGAUUUUCAGUAUGUCAACACACAACUGGCUGAGAAAUGUCGAGUCAAAGGAAAACCUCCACAGUAGGACAUUGGUCAACUCAGGAGGCCAUGAGGAUCUCCUCGGGCCGGUGCUCAACUUCUUCCACAGUAUGGCAACGCUGCGGGUGACGGAGGCUGAAUACACCCUGCUCACUGCUACAGCUCUGCUCUGCUCAGACCGUGCGUCUAUGCAAGCUGCCAGCUGCGUUGAGAAAAUGCAGGAACUGAUACUGGACCUCCUGUCAAGGGCAUGUGGGGCCCAGGCUGGAGCUGCGCGUGGGGGACCACAGCGGUUUGGCCGCCUGCUGGGCAGACUGACGGAGCUACGAACCCUCCGUCACAACUACCUCCUCCUGUCAAGACAGCAGCCCGUAAACUGAUGGAGAGGACACAGAAGAAAUGUUGAAAACCAACAUGAUCAUCUCUGUUUGAAUUGAAGGAUGAGAUGGGUCCGUAUGAGCUGAGAAAGUGUACAAAAAUGUUUUGGAAAUGCAAGAUUUGUUGAUCCGUGUUGGAUUUUUUAGUCUGAAAUGUUUGUGGACUGCUGUUUGGACAAAAGAUAUUUUAUAGGUCUUUUUAUAACUGUUGUAUACAGCUUACAUGUACAAUUAAGGUACUUUUCACUAUGCUGAGUAUUGUUGAAUUAAAAUAAAAUGAAAAUGUG